GCAUAUUCACCACGUGAUUGCAGUGUUCAGUAUUUAUUUUUCAGUGUGCAGUGCUAGAUUCGAUAUUUUUCAUCAAGGAAAUUGAUUUUCUAACCACUCAAUUUAAAAUGUCGUUAAAUAAUGACGAUAGAUCUUGCCUGCGAGAAUUAAAAAAAUAUUUGAAAAGUUAUAAAAAAAUGCAAGAUCGAGGCGAAGCAUUUUACCUAUUAUUAUCUCGUGAAGCGCGAGAGAAUGGCCAUUCAGAAGACAGACUUUUGUUGAAAUAUUUGUGGAAAUCUAAACGCCUGUUUCCGAGUAUCUUGGAUAAAAGUUAUUUCUUCUACAAAGCUUUAAACGAAGGCAGCAUCGAAGAAAUAAAACUGCUCAAAGAAAUUAAGUUUAAAAUACACAAAUUUGUGUUAAAAGAUGGAAAGUCUGCAGUUCAUUACUUGGCUGAUUUCAUGUGGGGACAGGACUUUUAUAAUAUAAAAAAAGAAAAAAAACUAAAUCUCAUGGAGUUUUUUUUGGAAAAUUCACGUAAAAACUACCAUGACAAUCAAGGAUAUACGUACUUUCACGCAGCCUGCGUGACGGGCAAGAAGAUGAUAGUGCACAAAUUAUUAAGUCGUGGCAUAGACAUCAAUCUCAAUUCAUACAAGUACUCGCCGUUGCACAUAGCUGUCUGGUACAGACACGAAGAUGUAGUAGAAAUGUUAUUAAAAAAUGGAGCCAAUCCAAACCAGCUAGAUGUUGAACAGUCGACACCUUUGCAUGCACUCUCGUGGGUACGUGUGUGCGAAUGCGCAAUCGACUUAAGAUAUUGCGAUAAGAGAAAACCCGUUGAGAAGAUAGUUCAAAUGCUCGUUGAACAUGGAGCGAAUAUCGAGAUACGAAAUCGUCAUGGGGACACUGCUCUUCAAAUGUCGGUCUCUCGUUUUAACGUAGAUUUAACGCGGGCACUAUUGAAAUUCGGUGCGAGUCUAAGCAGUUUGAACGAAGACAGAAUGUUCAGCUGGGAGUUCAAACGUAUCGAAUUGAAAAGCUAUCCUCUGACUUUGAACAUUAUACAAAUGCUACAAUUAUUGCAGUCAGCUGGCUACAAAAUAGACUUGCUUACUAGGCUUAGGAUGCUUAAAUGUUGGAUGAGAGUGAGAGGGAACGAUACUGACCAUCUUACCAGCAUUUAUUCAGAUUUUAAAAAUACAGAGGCCGAUACAGAGGCCUAUAACGAGGACGUUACCGUGGCCGAUGCCGAGCAGAUUGUGUAUGGCUUAUUUAUUUAUCGUAAUUUCAAUUUUUAUAUAGAACGAAAAGCUGAAAAUUUCUUGCAUGAACAAUGCAAGAUCCUCGUACCGAAUCAGCCAGAUUACUGGAACGAAAUGCAACCUUUUCAAUGCCGAAUUGAUAUGUAUGCGUCUGAAAUUGCGAGAACAAAAGAGAUUAUGUUAACGGAAGACGUCUCACUCUAUCAAGUUUGCCAAAUGAAUUACAGUAGGGGUUACUCAACAUUGAAAAAUAUGAAGAAUUGGAGUCUUCCAUCAAUGGAUAAAAUUUUGUGUACCGAUAUAAACAUCAUUGUAAAAAGACACUUGGCCAACAUUUUCAUAAGGCUGCAUUUGGAAUUAUUUGCGGCUGAUCUAUUUAUGACAGAUUAUUGCAAAUUGAAUCUACCUUAUACAGUUUGUCGCGGAAUUGCCGAGCACAUGAGUGACAAGGAUAUACUGCGUUUGUGCGAGCAGACAACUGAAAAAAGUCUUGUACUUCCGUUGCCAACGCGAAGGAGCGAACAUCUACAUCUUAAGCGACCGCAGAAAAACGAAGAUGGAUCGCGAUCGAGUCCGAUCCAAAACCGGAAGAGAUUACGUCGGCAGUGAUUAUCGCUCAG